AGAGUCUGUUGUGACCUCCGCACAGGUAGAGAGGCUGACACAUCAGUCUGAGCACAUCCAGUGAAAGCUGCUUGACGCCCCUACUCUUCUACAGUUCCUCCAGAAGGUUCGUGUCAGCAGACCAAUAUGUUCGGCUUCAUGCUCCACCUGGCCGGACUCAGCCUGCUGGCGGGUGCUGCAGCAACAAACCAGGCAUUUACCAGGUCUGGGGAGAUAAACAUCGCCUCCUGCCCCAUCACCUACUAUGGACAGCAAUAUGAUAAAGUCUAUGUGGCGUUCGAUGCUGACAGAUUUGCAGUUUGCUUCAAUGGCUUAUACAAACCUGGAAUCAAAAACGACUGUAUUCUGAUGUCUGGAGGAACCGCUGACAGAGGUGACCUGGCGGUACUGACUAAAGAAAUACCCACAGGAUCUGGGGUUCAUGACCUUCUGCCAAACCUUAAGAAUGCUGGGAAAUGUGUCAACAUAAUUCCUUUAAAGGACAGUCAACAAUCUGAAAUUGAACAAGUUGAACUUGGCAACUUUGGGACGCAAGCGAUUCUGGCAAUCAGGACUUAUUCUGGGUACCCAAAUGCUACUGUUGAGACCGAUUCACAGGUCAGUGGCCUCUCGGUUUCUAAACAGACAUUCCAGACAGCUGACGCAAAUAUAGGUGUCAUCACAGACGUGAGUGGGUGCAGACUCUCAGGUGCUGCUUAUAAGACAAACACGACAGUAUGGAACCCAAACAUCUGCUCUACUGUAACCUGUGAUGUGAGUGGAGUCGCUACUGCUGUUAGUGACUGUGGUCCCAUGGAGCGUUGCAAGGGCGAUGGGAGUUGCAUGUUGACCACCAUGUGCACUGUGACCGCCUCCACUGUCAUCGAUUUCAUCGGCAGAGUUCACUCUGUCCCGGACCGAUGCGGGUACACUCUGAUGGAGUGCUCAUCGAUCCCAGGCUUCCGGGUGCUAGGGGUUUUUCAGGAAAGACGCCGUAGAGAUGUUAGCUUUUUGGAUCAUGUGAUACUGCAGCUGGACGGGGCAGGGGUUAAGAUUUUCCUGGAACAAGGCGGCAGAGUUCGGCUGAAUGACAAAGUGCUGACGCUCAACGCCACAGCUCAGGUGGUCCACGGUGUGGAGCUCUCCAGGGGCCGGUCAGGGGUGACUGCUAAGAUAUCAGCCUCCAACCAUAUGGUGUCUGUCCUCUUUGAUGGUUACACCGCACUAAUCCACAUGACAGGACCAAGUGCAUCACCCAUGCAUGGCUUAUGUGGCAAUUCCAGUGCAUCUUUGAUUGAAGGCAGAGUUACCGAACACUCGGCUGCUGGCUGUGAGACACAGUACAAUGACCCUGCUGACAGUUCAAUCAACUGCAACACCACAACUAAAUGGUGCAAUCACCUGAAGCAGGCUCCCUUCACUGCUUGCAAUAAACACAUCGACCCACAGCCCUUCAUUACUGCCUGCACACGCACUUUGUGCAAAUACCCUGCAGUGGAUGGGCUCAAGUGUCAGUUCCUGGAGGCCUAUGCCUGGGCCUGCAGCCACCACAGCAAUGUCACGGUGGAGAGCUGGAGGACAAAGACCAAAUGCCCUGCUGUGCAUCAGGCCGUCUGCCAGGACAGGUUCUGCAGUGCUCAUGAGUUCUGUAGUGAGAUAUAUCGUGGGGAACCCCGCUGCAUCUGUCGGGCCCUUUUUGCCUCCAAAUACAAGUCGGCAGGCACUUUUGGUGAGCCAACGGUCUGCAGGCAUAAAUCUGCUUCAGUGUCUCUCGCUAAUUGUCUAUUGGAGGACAAAAGCAUCGACUACUCUGUCUUACACCUCAAUGACCAGGACUGCAAAGGGGAAAUGGACAACAUGACCCACAUGGUGACGUUCAGCUUCGACAGCAGCAACACUUGUGGUACAGUGGUCAUGGCAAAUAACAGUCAAAUUAUCUACAAGAACAGCAUCAUGACACGAAACAUCUCCACGUUUGGCUCAAUCAACCGUCACAGCCCAGUGCAUAUUGACUUCUCCUGUUAUUACACUCAGCCGGAUAUCAAGACCGUGGCCAUCAAACUCAAACACAGCUCAGUGAUCCAGCAGAUUACCUCUGGAGAAUGGACUUACAAUCUGACCAUGAAGGCCUACACCAGCGCUGACCGUAUGAAUGCUAUCCAGUCGAGCACUGACAUCCAACUGGAUGAGAAAAUCUGGGUGGACCUUGAGUCAGAUGGGCUGGAUGAACAAAUGGUUGUUCUGGUGACUGACUCCUGCUGGGCAACUGAUCAGCCUUCGCCAAGUGGAAGCCUGAGAUACGACCUCAUAAUCUCAGGCUGCCCUAACCCUGCUGAUGACACAGUGAAGAUCGAGGGCAAUGGACUGGGGACGUCCAACUCCUUUUCUUUCAAUGCGUUCGAGUUCUCUGGCAAGAAUGAUGGCGUCUACUUGCACUGCAGAUUGGAGCUGUGUGUCCGGGAUGGGGAUGCCUGUGUCCCAACAUGCAGCCACUCCAGGAGAAGGCGUAGAUCCGUCAUGUCAAAAUAUGAGGAUGAAAAUCCUGCCUUUAUCACCAUGGCCUGGACUUUUUAGGGUUUCCAUGGAGAUUCGGACUCACCAAGAAGUCAUAGUGAAUCGUUUCUUGAGUCUGGGAUCAGUUAUUAUUGCUGUGAAUGUAUACCAGCACAUAUAAUCCUAAUAACCAGUCAGUUCUAUCUGUAAAUUUGUUUGGUCUUGUUUUGGGUUUCUGGGAUUUCUUUCUCUGAGAUGGUGAAAGUGAUUUCUACAGCUUUGGAGACUUAUUGAGUUGAUCGGCAGCAGAGUGUCUGGAAGUAAGCACCUGGGAUUACUUGAUCCCAUAAACGUGGAUACUGUGAUAUUUAGGGAAAUCUUAUGUGGAAUAUGUUUCAGUGGAAUGUGUGGCAUUCUUCUGACCAAGUUUGGACAAAACUGCAAUCAAACAAUGUUGGGAUUGUUUGACAUUAUAACCUGCUUCUAUCUGUAGCUUUAAAAAGAAAAGAACAUAUAUGCUUUACUGUAUCUGCCUUUAUUAUGAUCAAUAAACAUCGUAGAUGCGUGGUAAUGUAA